AUGCGCGGCAUUCUUAGCACCUUCGCUGCCGUACUAUCGCUUUGGUCGCAUUCCUCAGAAGCACAUUCGACCAAGAGAAAUGCUCUAAACUACAUAAGUCGCGUGGACGAUCCAAUUCUCCACACGCCAUCCCAUCGCGUCCACGCUCACUCCUCGUUUGAACUCACCUUUUUACUGCAUGCCGGAAAUGACAAGGUCCGCUUGACGCUGCAGCCUAACUAUGAUGUUUUGUCAGACGAUGCGACCGUCCAAUACCUAGAUGCCGACGGAAAUGUUCAGCACGUAGAACCAAUUAGACGCUCAGAUCACCGAGUCUUCAAGGGGGAUGCAUUUGUCAAACACCCGGGGCAUGGGGAAUGGUUGAAGGCGGGAUGGGCAAGAAUAUCGGUAUAUCGUGAUGGCGCCAGGCCAAUCUUCGAAGGCGCAUUCCGGAUAGACGGCAACAACCACCAUGUACAAACAAGCACCAACUAUAGGAGCACCCAGCAUCACGAGGACCCGGCUAUCGACCUUGCAGAUGAUGAAUACAUGGUCGUAUGGAGGGAUUCUGAUGUGCUACCUCACGACGACGUACAUGGCGAGCUGAAGCGCAGCGUGGAAGGCUCUACGUGUGAGUCGGACUCACUCGAGUUUAACAACGACCUCGACCAUCCCAUAUACAGUGGCUUGGAUAUUCGCGAUAUCUCACCCGCGGAUGGAAGUCACCUGUUUAGCAGGCAGGACGACACACCUACGGGUGGUACAGGAGGCGGUGUCAACCUGGCGAGUACCAUCGGCUCCACGGCUGGCUGUCCGACAUCGCGCAAAGUUGCCUUGGUUGGCAUUGCCACGGAUUGUACAUAUACAGCAUUAUUCGACAGCAAGGAAGCGGCCCGAACCAGCAUCAUCCAAAUGGUUAGUGCCGCCUCUGAAGUCUACGAGAGCACCUUCAACGUCUCACUCGGCAUCCAUGAUCUGGUCGUCAGCGAUGCAUCGUGUCCGGGUACUGCGCCGGAGACAACUCCGUGGAACGUAGCUUGUGGCGGUAGUGUCGAUAUCUCUUCCCGAUUAAACCUCUUCUCGAAUUGGCGGGCACAGCGCAAUAACUCCAAUGCUUAUUGGACCCUUCUGAGCACCUGCAACACCGAUUCUGCCGUCGGUUUGGCUUGGCUUGGCCAGCUAUGUGUGACGGGCACUUCAGGCGACAGCAACCAAACGGUUUCCGGCGCCAACGUGGUUGUGAGAACCUCGACCGAGUGGCAGGUGUUUGCGCAUGAGAGCGGCCAUACCUUUGGCGCUGUGCAUGACUGCAUUUCUAGCACCUGCUCUGAUGGCUCGGUAUCUAUGCAGAAGUGCUGUCCCUUGAGCACGUCUACUUGCAAUGCUGGCGGAGAUUUCAUCAUGAACCCUUCGACGGGCAACAGCAUCACACAAUUUUCAGCCUGCAGCAUUGGAAACAUCUGCUCCGCCCUGGGUCGGAACAGCGUCAGGUCACAAUGCUUGACCAAUAACAAGGAUGUCGUCACCAUCUCGGAAGCUCAGUGCGGUAACGGCAUUGUCGAGCAAGGGGAAGAAUGUGACUGUGGUGGCACACAAGGCUGCGGUGACAACUCCUGCUGCGAUGCAUCGACGUGUCAGUUCAAGACGGGCGCAGUUUGCGACCCCUCGAACGAGGACUGCUGCAGUUCGCAAUGUCAAUACAAGUCUGCGACAGAGGUCUGCAGAGCCAGCACGGGCGCCUGCGAUCCCCAGGAGACGUGCAGCGGAACUUCAGCAGUGUGCCCGGCGGACAAGCUCGCCGACGACGGCACAACCUGCGGCUCGAGCGGCGGCGGUCUCACCUGUGCCUCGGGCCAGUGCACGUCCCGUGAUCUGCAGUGCAAGACCGUCGUCGGCGCGGUCACCACCGACAACAACACCGCGGCGUGCAACUCGCAGAGCUGCCAGCUCACGUGCUCGUCGUCCCGCCUCGGCCCCAACACCUGCUACAACAUGAACCAGUACUUCCUCGACGGCACCCCAUGCGCCGGCGGCGGCAAGUGCGACAACGGCGAGUGCAAGGGCGGCAACUUCGCUACUGAGGUUGGCAGCUGGAUUAGCGACAACAAGAACAUCGUCAUCCCUGUCGCCUCCGUCGUCGGCGGCCUCUUCCUCCUGUCCAUCCUAUGCUGCUGUUGGAACAGGUGCGGCAAGAGGAGGCCCAAGAAACCUACGAACCAGCCGCUGCCGCCUCCCGGCUGGCACGGCGGAGCCGCCUGGAAUGCGCCCCCACGCCCGCCGCCCGCCAUGACGAGCGCCAACGGCUCCAGGAACAGGCUGAGCAGGGCGGCCCCGCCGUCUUACGCGCCGUACCAGGGACCGCCGCAGCAAGGUAUUGGGCGCGUGCAGACUGCGCGGUAUGCCUAG